AUGGCGAACGUCGACGCUCCUGAUUCUGACAGUCCUAUCUCUUCAGCGUUAUCGAUGGAAGAUCACCCCACUCCUGAACCUGACUCUGUUGUUUCUACCCUAAGAGCACUUUCGGAGUCCCCCGACUUGACUGAUCCUGCUCUUGAAGCAAGGUUGUACCAUGCGAAACUCUCAGCAUAUAUCCCUCGGGAUCGAAAAGAUCAGACGGUCCGGAUACUCCAGAGUUUUAUUGACCAUUUGCCGCCGGGCGGCAAACGCAUAGUCGUGAAGUUUGUUGUCUCCAAUGGAGACGACAAACUUCAUGAGCUCGCAACACAUUUGAAGACGGCCGUGCUGAUUCCCUUCAGAGCGCGAGGGGGUAAAACACCACAAGUAACAGAAUCACCCUUCUCUGAUACAGAUAUCAACAGAGACGACGUCGCAUCAGAAAUGACUGAGUCUAGCUCGCGAAAGGAUCAACAGCCCCUGAAGUGGCUGUGCCUGAAACGGGAUGGCUACCGGUGCGUGGUUACUGGUAUAUGGGAUGAUCACGCUGAGCAGAGAUGCCCACCGGGUCAACGAGGCACGCACAUCGGGGAAACCGAGCUAGCCCAUAUAAUCCCAUUUUCUAUGGGAAAAUGGGAAGAUGCCGACGAGGAGAAAGCCAUUGCACAGUCCUGGGAGACUAUUUACCUUUUAUUUCCUGAUGUUUACAGUGUUCUUAAACCAUCUGAUGUGAAUAGCGCAGAAAAUGCCCUGACAUUACUGUCUCCCCUUCAUCGCAACUUCGGUAAUCUCAAGAUCGCAUUCAUACCAACAGAUCGAGAGAAUACUUAUAAGAUUAAGACACACAGCAGGUUCUCGAGUUACCUAUUCCAACAAAUGCCUCCCCCAAAUGAGGAUGGCGACCGGCUUGUCACCUUUAAUCAGCAUGCAAACUAUGAGCUACCAAGUCGGGUCCUCCUUGCCACACAUGCAGCGAUUGCUGAGAUUCUCCAUGCCUCCGGGCAGGGUGAGCAAAUCGAAGAACUUCUACAUGAUUGGGAUGCAAUUCGUUGUCUGGCGUCGGACGGCAGUACGGAUCUUCAGAGCCUGCUCUCAUUAGUACAUGUCCAUUAG